AUGGAAAAGUGUCGUCGCCGCGACCUGGACUCUCACUCCGGAGUUGGACUGAGGAGGAGUGAGUGUCAGUGUCAGAGUCAGAGUCCUGGGCAUUGGGCAUUGGCCAUUGGCCAUUGGCACGUCUGUCGGUUUAUGCAACAUUUUAGCAAUUAUAUUCGCGUCGGGCGACAUUACAACGGCAAUUACACGCAGGAGCCGCAGAACAUGCCCGUGGGCGGAUGGUGGAGCAGGGCACUCUGGUAUUCCGGUAUUCUGGCAUUCCGGCAUUCCCUGUCAUCGUCACGUGGAGCGGCAACGUGA